GGGGAUAAUGCUGGGGUCAGCACACCGGGGUCUGUCGUCCUAGUGGACUCGUCAAUUGAUGCGACUACCGCCUCGCCGGCCACGGAGACGCCAGUUAGUGGUACAAAUGCGAUUGUGGCCACGUAGGGGCCACAAGUGCCCGCCGCUUGCCAAACUCCUCUCGCAAGUACCUCAGGAUCUGUACAGGUACUUCACGCGAAGAAGUUGAUCGUGAAGAAAUCCACCCGCACAGCCUCUGCUCUGGGACUGGGUUAGCCUAACGUUGCCCUGGCUGACCAAGCCCUCGAGUCGAGGAUACCACCAGAUGUUGCAGUAACAGAGCCCGUGCUAGAACAGGAUCAAGAGCAAGCUGCGGCCGCAGCCGAAGAUGUUCCAUCCACUCUUGCUAAGGUGACCGAUAGAGGACGUGAUGAAGCCGGUCUUGAUGAGGAGGAAAAGCAAAGGGAUGACGAAGAAUCCCUAUAGGCACAAACCAGGAGUAUUGCCAAGAGCCGAGGAGCAAACUGCCACUGGGUCAGCUACGGGGUUACGGGUGUUGCCAAUCGGGGCCAGGUUCGCGCUCGCGACCGAUCUCGUGGAUGACCCACAGUUGACUCCAGAAACUUUGAAGAAGUUCCAGGAUAGCAUGAAGGAAUGCUAUAAAUUUGCAUCGGAAAUGGCCAAUCGAUCAUAUACCAAAUCCCAGAAGCUGAAGGCCACCGUUGAUGUGGAUAGGAUUAUCCAAGAAAAGGAACGCCAGAUUGGAGAAAAGAUGAUGGAAUAUGUUGAAAUCCAUAACCAGCUACACACGGUACAGAAGGAAAGUGCUCGCGAGAUUUGGCAACUAAAAAAGGAUAUUGGAAACCUGAAAAAGGACAAGUCUCUAGAGGAGAGAAAUCAGUCAUUAGAGGACAAAAAUAAAGAAAUGAGGAAGAAACAUCCAGAGCUCACAGACAUUAGUAUCUAAAGAAGAACUGGUGACUGACUUAAAGAAUCUUGUGUACCGUCGAACAGAUGAAGUGGAGCACAAGGCCAAGCUAUUGCAUGAUGCAGAUCAGCAACUUAUCCAUUGCAUGAAGUAGAUCAAAGACAUGGCUGCUGAGAAGGAUCUCCACGAAAAGGAACUUGCAGAGCUCAGGACUGCGGGCCAAGUUGUAGUCGAUAUGGUGGAUCUGGUCAAGGACGGUGCUGUUGCGAGCAAGACACUGGUGGAGCGACUCUGUGAAGCUCCCCAGAAGAUCUCAAGCUACCUAUCCGAGAUCACCAAGCAGUAUGUGGAGCAUGUCCUUGGACUUUUCAAGUCCUAUUGGGCAAAGGCCAACCUGACUCCGCUUGGUGAAGGCACAGCGAUAAUGGAAUGCUCUGAAGAAAGAUUCGUCGAAUACCUAAAGGAGGUGAAACCAGUGGCGGAAAAGGUAGUCGAGAGUUUAGAGCAAGAGCUAGAUGCAGAAUCUUGAACAGUGUGCUCAUCUCGACACUUUGUGUAUACUGUGAAUGCAAUGUUAUUGCUUGUGUAUGUAAAUGUCUGUUGAUUUA